AUGCUUGCUGCCAGGAAGAAGCGGUCGACACCGCUGCUGGUCGCCCUCGCCCUCUUCCUCCUCGUCCUCUGCUACCACAGCAGAGAUUCAGACCGCUUAUACAACCAGUGGCUGUCCUCGUUCGAAUCCCACCCCGUCAAGAUAGCUGCCAACCGAACACUGGGCUUCGGCGCAGUCCUCGCCGUCUCCAAGGACGGUUCAGAACGGCGCCAUUCCCUUCUACAGGCCGCCAAUGUGACCGACUUUGACAUUACCAUUCCACAGCAACCAGUCUGGACCGAGGGCGACGUUCAGCGCUUCAUCAAUGGUCAACCCGAUGCUCGAAGAGGUUCGCUACUGGCCUGGCUGGGUCACCACAAUGCCCUCCGAUGGUUCCUCGAUUCCGGUCUAGAGACCGCCCUCAUACUCGAGGAUGAUGUCGACUGGGACAUUCGCCUACGAAGCAUACAGAUCCCACUCGCCGCCAGUGCUACUCGCCAGCUUCUGCCACCCGUUCGCUCACAUCACCCAUUCGCCAACGGUCGCAACGGUCGCACACAAUACUGGGGCAACCAUGAGGACUGGGACCUACUCUACCUCGGCCACUGCGGCGACUACUUUGACGAGGUCACCGAAGACGGGCCUGAUACUUCUCGCCAGGACUUCAACCUGAGCGACAUGCCGCACAUAACGUACACCGAUCCCACAUUGCCUCCUCCAUCCGAACUGCAUCCCUUUACCCAGCUGCUCUUCGGGCUGUUGAAGGUGCCAGAAAAGUCGCGAGUGAUGCAUCGUUCCCGGUUUCCGCUCUGCUCGUUCGGCUAUGCUGUGACCCGAUCGGCCGCUAUGCGACUCUUGGACGAUCUCGCACCACCACGUCUUGAGCCAAAGGGUGCCCGUGCUUUCGACGUCGCGCUUCUCCAUGCAUGUAACAAGGGCGAGAACAUACCAUCGCCGACACCCAAAUCUUUCAAGGGUAUGGCACUCCCUCCUCGCGCCGAAAGUGAAAAACAGCGGACCUACGGACUUCGCUGCUGGACCCUAAACUCUGAACUCUUCCAUCACAUGCCAGGCCAAAGUCAAGUGGACCAAAUAGGUGCAAAAUCGGGUGAACGGCCGGGUAUACCACCAGUUGAUCUCGCAGCUUGGAAUCAAGUCCUGGCCCGCAACGAGACUACGAAUAUUGACUGCGGCUUCUGGAGUGGCGCCUUCUCCUUUCAAGACGACAACAUGGAACAACUUCACGAUUUACAAGAAAAAGUCGGACGUCAAGGCCAAUGCCGCAAGCCAGGCCGCUGGCGAAUGGGGGAAAACGGUGCGACGCCGAUCGAAUGA